AUGGCGGUGCGGCCGGGGCCGGGGCCGGUGUCGGUGUCGCCGUCGCCGGCGCUGUUGCAGCUGCUGCUGCUGCUGCUGGCGGCGGCGGCGGCGGCGGCGGCCGCGGCGCGGGCGGGCCCGGGGGACGCGCGGCAGGAGGCGGCGGUGCGGGCGCUGGCGCGGCGCCUGCUGGGCCCGCGGGCCGCCGCCGUGGCGCUGUCGGUGGAGGCGGCGCUGGCGGCGGGCGGGCCCGACACCUACCGGCUGCGCUCGCCGCCCGGCGCCGCCGUGGCCGUGGCCGUGACGGGCUCCAGCGGCGUGGCGGCGGCCGCCGGCCUGUACCGCUACCUGCGCGACUUCUGCGGCUGCCACCUCUCCUGGUCCGGGGCGCAGCUCCGCCUGCCCGACCCGCUGCCGCGGCUGCGGGCCGAGAUCCGCGCCUCCGCCCCCGGCAGGUACCGCUACUACCAGAACGCCUGCACCCAGAGCUACUCCUACGCCUGGUGGGACUGGGCGCGCUGGGAGCGGGAGAUCGACUGGAUGGCCCUCAGCGGCAUCAACCUGGCGCCGGCCUUCGUGGGGCAGGAGGCGGCCUGGCAGCGGGUGUACCGCUCCCUGGGGCUGAACCAGUCGGAGAUCGAUGCGUACUUCACGGGGCCAGCGUUCCUGGCCUGGAACCGGAUGGGCAACCUCCACGGCUGGGCAGGGCCACUGCCGCCAGCCUGGCACGUCAAGCAGCUUUACCUGCAGUACCGGAUCGUGGAGAGGAUGCGCUCGCUGGGGAUGAUCACGGUGCUGCCGGCCUUCGCAGGCCACGUGCCCCAGGGGGUUCUUCGGGUCUUCCCACGCAUGAAUGCCACUCGCCUUGAGGGAUGGAGCCACUUCGACUGCAUCUACUCGUGUACUUACCUGGUGGACCCGGAGGACCCCAUGUUCCAGGUGAUCGGGACCCUCUUCCUGAAGGAGCUGAUCAAGGAGUUUGGCACAGACCACGUCUACAGCGCUGACACCUUCAACGAGAUGACCCCCGUCUCCUCUGAACCCGCCUAUCUCUCGAGGGUCAGCAACGCUGUCUUCAGGUCGAUGACAGGAGCUGACCCCGAGGCGCUGUGGCUGAUGCAGGGCUGGCUCUUCCAGCACCAGCCGGACUUCUGGCAGCCGGCACAGGUGCGGGCCCUGCUGCACGGUGUGCCCCUAGGCAGGAUGAUCGUUCUCGACCUCUUUGCCGAGUCCAAGCCCGUCUACCAGUGGACAGAGUCCUUCUACGGGCAGCCCUUCAUCUGGUGCAUGCUGCACAACUUCGGGGGCAAUCACGGCCUCUUCGGCACCGUGGAGGCCAUCAACCAUGGCCCCUUUGUGGCUCGCCGCUUCCCCAACUCCACCAUGGUGGGCACUGGGCUGGUGCCUGAGGGCAUCGAGCAGAAUGACAUGGUGUAUGAGCUGAUGAACGAGCUAGGCUGGCGCCAGGAGCCCCUUGACCUUCCCAGCUGGGUGACCCGCUAUGCCGAGCGCCGCUACGGUGCCCCAAAUGCUGCUGCGGCCAGUGCCUGGAGGCUGCUCCUCCGCAGCGUGUACAACUGCACUGGGGUCUGCGUCAACCACAACCACAGCCCGCUGGUGCGCCGGCCCUCCCUGCACAUGGACACGGAGCUGUGGUACAAUGCCAGCGAUGUGUACGAGGCCUGGCGCCUGCUGCUGAGCGCCGGCGCGGAGCUGGGCUCCAGCCCCACCUUCCGCUAUGACCUGGUGGAUGUCACGCGGCAGGCGGCUCAGCAGCUGGUGAGCGACUACUACCUAAGCAUCCGCCAGGCCUUCCAGAGCCACGCGCUGCCAGAGCUGCUGACAGCCGGCGGUGUGCUGGUCUACGACCUGCUGCCAGAGCUGGACAGCAUCCUCUCCAGCCACAGCCUCUUCCUGCUGGGCCACUGGCUGGAGAGCGCCCGUGCCAUGGCCACCAGCGACCGGGAGGCCGAGCAGUAUGAGCUGAACGCCCGGAACCAGGUAACGCUCUGGGGACCCAGCGGAAACAUCCUGGACUAUGCCAACAAGCAGCUGGGGGGGCUGGUGCUGGACUACUAUGGCGUGCGCUGGAGCCUCUUUGUCUCUGCCCUGGUGGAGAGCCUCAACUCGGGCCACCCCUUCCACCAGGACCAGUUCAACCAGGCUGUCUUCCAGGUGGAGAGAGGCUUCGUCUACAACAAGAAGCGCUACCCAGCCGUGCCGGCUGGGGACACGCUGGAGAUCUCCAGGAAGCUGUUCCUCAAAUACUACCCCAGCGCCCUGCGGCGCAGCCGAGCUGGGCCGGCAUGACUUUGGGCUGUCCUUCCAGAGCCUCCCCCAGGAGGGAGGGCAGAGACCCCGCACCCUCCCGCGUCCAGGCUUCCACAGCUCCUGGCCUGAUGGCUGUGUCCCAGCAAUGCUGGAAUGAAAGCGCGGAGCCCCUGUGGCCCCCAGCCAGCCUGGACCCGCCGUUUCCCCCACACAGGCAGCACGUGCCCUGAGAGGGGCUGGCAGCCAGA